CCAUGAAAUUCUGCAAAAUGUGUGACAGGUGUCUAAGGUUAGUGCCAUCAUCUUGUCACAUGAUUUGAGUUACAAAAUGACAAUUUUGCCACACCUUUUUGCUUCCUUUCAGUUUGGACUCCAGGGUCCGUAGGCUGUAGCAGCAAGAGGACCCCAAAAACCUUGGGUUUUGUAAGGAAUUUUGUUCACUUUCACUUGUCUACCACUACUGGUAUUGGAUUGCAGCUAACUCAAAUUCAGAUUUCACACUUAUUAUUGUUGUCAUUAGGGUUCUUUCUUUUCAUGUAGAAUUAGAAUUACAAGUACAACCUGUAAAAGAGAGAGAGAAGUAGCCAGGUAACUGCAGAGGUUUCUAGAUUUCAACGAAGGUAGGUCAACUGCAACGUUGACAUUUUCUCAAGCAUGUUUCGUUCCAUGCUGUUGCCACAGUCAUAGGACCCCAUAGAAAAAAUAGAGUCAAGUUGAUUUCUUUUUCUCUCUCUCUAUCUUUUGCUUUGUUUUUGGUCCUUUCCUCUUUACUUUUCCUUGUUAGUAUGCCUAAAGCUUGCUUUUCUUUCACAAUUGGUGACUUGGGCUUUGUCCCAAAACAAGAAAAGAUGAUAAAUUUGUUCAAAUUUUGAAAUUGCAAGCUCAAAUUUUAGUUUAGAACUUUGUAUUAUUCUCAGUUCUGUAAUGCCAUUACCAUAUUCUAAAAUGUAUAGGCUUCACUCUCAAAUCCACCAGAGCAAUGGUGCUCCUAUUCUUUCUCCAUAUUCUCCUUCUUCUUCUUCUUUUUCUUCUUAUAGUUCUUCUAAUUCAGCUUCUUCAUCCUCAGAUUCUUCAUCUGGGAAUAGUAGAAUAAGCCCUGCAAUUAUUUUCAUCAUAGUAAUUUUAUCUGUUGUGUUCUUCAUCUUGGGCACCCUCCACCUGCUUGUUAGAUUUCUCAUGAGACAAAGAUCUUCUUCUUCCUCAUCAAUUUCUCAAUCCAAUAGGUAUCCUGAAAUGUCUGAAUCUGAUGCAUACCAGAGACAGUUGCAGCAACUAUUCCACCUCCAUGACUCAGGUUUAGAUCAGGCUUUCAUUGAUGCACUCCCUGUGUUUCUCUACAAGGAGAUAAUUGGCUUGAAGGAGCCAUUUGAUUGUGCUGUUUGCCUUUGUGAGUUCUUGGAACAAGACAAGUUGAGGUUGCUGCCAAAUUGCAACCAUGCUUUUCACAUUGACUGCAUUGAUACUUGGUUGCUUUCAAAUUCAACUUGUCCCCUUUGUAGAGGGACACUUUAUGCACCAGGGUUUUCAUUUGAGACCCCAGUUUUUGACUUUGAAGGUCCAUGUUAUGAGGACGAAGAUGGUGUUUCAGUUUCAGGAUUUGGUGUCAGUGGUGCUGGUUCUUCUAACAAGCCUGCUGAGAAUCACAUAAGGAAUGGGAAGAGGGUUUUUUCUGUGAGGCUUGGAAAAUUCAGAAGCUCAAAUAAUAAUGGAGUAGAUGGUGUUGAAAAAUGUGAAGGAGAGAGUAGUAAUAGUAGUAUUAGUUUUAGUAAUAGUCAUGGUAAUUUGGAUGCAAGGAGAUGCUACUCAAUGGGGUCUUACCAAUAUGUUGUUGCUGAUUCUGAUUUGAGGGUGGCUUUUGUGUCCAAGCACAGUGGCAGUAUGAGACAAUUGAUUAAGGGAAGAAUAGCUACAACAAAUGGGAACAAUUUUUCUUCAACUGAUGUUGAUGUUGUUGAGGGAAAAAAGAUCAGCAAUGCAAGAAAAGGUGAGAGCUUUUCUGUUUCCAAGAUAUGGCAAUGGUCUAGGAAGGAUAACAGUAAGUUAAGAAGUUCAUCAGAGGCUCGAAUUCCAUAAUAAUUCUAUUUGUCACUGCAAUUUUAUUGCCAUGGAUGAACAACAAUGUCAGAGGUACAUGAACUGUUCAGUUUUUUGAA